UUAACUAUAGAUAAUUUUGGAAACAAAGAAAAAAUUACUGAUAACAUUGAUAAAGACAGUUUAAAAAACUUAUCACAAGAUUCAAUAAAAUUCGCAAAGCAGUUUGUAAGAAUAACACUAAGGGGAAAACUUGGUAGAACCGUCAGUGUUUUAUUAUGCCCGAUGUGUGUAAAAGCUAUUGAACUUAUUAUAAACUUUAGAGGUGAGGCUGGAAUAGCUGAUGGAAAUAAAUACAUUUUCUGCAAACCAUCCAGUUCAACGUUAUCAAAAAAGUAUCACAGAGCUUGCCCUUUAUUAGCAAAAUUUUCUGAAGAAUGCGGUGCAAAAAUUCCUGAAAGCCUUAGGGGUACUACACUACGUAAGCAUAUAGCUACAUAUACCUCAUUACUUAAUGUUGAAGAGGCAUCGGUCGAUAGGCUGGCGAAUUUUAUGGGUCACCACAAAGAUAUACACAAAACAAUAUACCGAAUGUCCGUUCCAGUGGCAGAAAUUACUUGUGUAUCCAAACUCUUAAUGGCAGCUGUAGGCGAUGAAGAUGAAAUGGAAGAUGAAUAUGGGGAUGAUGAAAACGUUGAGGAGGAGGAGGAAGAGGGUGAAGUUGUAGUUAACGAUAGUAUAGAUAAAGAUAAUUCGGAAAUUUCAUUAGAAAACAGUCACACAUCGAAAUCGUCAUCGAGCAAAAAACGUAGAAGCACAUCACCUUUCGGCAAAACCAAAAGAACCAGGUGGAACUCGGAGGAAAAAGAUGCAAUAUAUUCAAUAUUUGGAGAUUUAAAAGAUUUAGAAAGACUACCAAAUCUUAAGGAAUGCUUAAAAGCCAUUCAGACAUCGUCAGCACUUAAGAAUAGAACGCCACAACAAAUAAAAACUUGGAUAGACAAUCAAAGGCGGUACAAAAUGGACUAACUUACAAUUAAAGUGUAUUUUCGCAGAAAUUCUACGAUGACUGGCGAUAUUUUUGAAGGAAAACUAAAUUCCUAUAUGAUUUGUCUAGUGUACCAUGGAUCCUAAUCGCUAUAUUUGUCGAAAUUUAAUACAAAAUUUAUAUAACAAAAAUAUAAAAGAAUAAAGUGUGAACACUUUUAUAGAAAAUGUAAA